AUUGUGUGUUUAUGCAUAUAUAAUUGACGACAUAGAGCCGAAAGUAUUUCAGGUGGACCAAUCUUCAUACAUCUUAACUGUAAGACAGGUUGAUGGACUUGGAAACUUUCUUGUUUGAUCCCCACCAUAUUUAUAAGAACAACUGGAUCUUCUUGAUGUGACAACAACCUUGGUUUGAGAAUCCUAUAGAUCAGUCUUUAAAGUACUAUCGAGAGACGAAGAUUUUUUAACCACACUCAUAAAUCUACACAUUGCGUAACAAUUUGUUUCAUAUUCUACCCUAUCAGAAGUUAUCGAGCAGUCGUCUUCAAUUAUUGUUGGAAGUGGGAACGAAAUUUUUGAUUCGUGUCAAAUAGAAUUUUCUACAUACAAAUUCACGGACAAAAAGAAGAAAGAUGAAUUCGAUUAUUAAAACAAUUUCCCCCAAGAUAUUGAGAAAAUUAAUGCACGGUUCACAGAUGCAUUUAACAGCAUCUUUAAGUCAAUGUCCUGGACCUUUGACCCAAUUCACCGACGAUGAAAUUAUGAUGAGGGAUUCGGUUGCAAAAUUGAGUAAAGAACAAAUUGAGCCGCUCGUGAAGAAAAUGGAAAAAGAGGGAAAACUUGAUGAUAAACUUGUGAAAACGAUAUUUGAAAAUGGGUUAAUGGGAAUGCAAGUGCCAGCGGAAUAUGGAGGCACUGAGAGUUCAUUUAUGUCGACAAUUUUGGCUGUCGAGGAAUUAGCAAAAGUCGAUGGAGCUGUUGCGGCAUUUGUUGAUAUUCACAAUACUCUAGUCAAUUCAUUAGUUAUAAAAGUGGCUUCACAUGAACAGAAACUCAAAUAUUUAACGAGAUUAGCACAAACUGAUGUUGGAAGUUUUUGUUUAACAGAACCUGGUUCGGGAUCAGAUGCAUUUUCUCUAAAGACUGUCGCGAAAAAAGAUGGAAAAGAUUACGUAUUAAAUGGAUCGAAAAUGUGGAUAUCAAAUUCUGAUAUCGCUGGAAUUUUUGUUGUAUUUGUCAACGCUAGUCCAUCUGAUGGAUACAGAGGAAUCACCGCAUUUAUAAUGGACAGCAAUUCACCAGGUGUCACUGUUGCCAAACCUGAAGAUAAAUUGGGUAUAAAAGCGUCGGGAACUUGUAUGAUUCACUUUGAAAACGUCAGGGUUCCAGAAGAAAAUAUAUUAGGGGAAUUCGGAAAGGGCUAUAAAUAUGCGGCGGGAUUUUUAAAUGAGGGGCGAAUUGGAAUUGGAGCGCAAAUGAUUGGAAUUGCUCAGGGUUGUUUGGAUGCAACGAUUCCUUAUACACUGGAGCGAAAACAAUUUGGAAACGACAUCUUUUCAUUCCAAUCGAUGCAACAUCAAAUCGCCCAGGUCGCCACCGAAUUAGAAUGCGCAAGAUUAUUAGUUUAUAAUGCUGCAAGAAUGGUUGAUGCCGAGCAAGAUGUUAUGAAAGAAGCAGCGAUGGCAAAAUUAUUCGCAUCAGAAAUUGCAUUGAAAGUGACAGCGAAAUGUAUAGACUUUAUGGGUGGAGUUGGAUUUACAACGGAUUUCCCCCAGGAAAAAUUCUUUAGAGAUUGUAAAAUUGGAACAAUCUAUGAGGGCACAAGUAAUAUGCAAUUGUCAACCAUUGCAAAAUGUAUUCGAAAGCAUUAUUCCUAAAUUUCCAAUUACAAAUUAUUCUCUGCGCAAUAAUUGAAAAUCUUCUCGAUGAGAAUUUUUUUUUUAUCGGGCACAUUAUCAGCCAUCGAAACAAAAGUAUUAUUUAAAAAAAAAACAUUCCUAGACUUGGUGAUAAUUAAAUUAUCGUCAGAAACAAAAAAAAAUAUCGAUGAUAAAAUAUUUUUUCAAUAAAAU